AUGUCUUCUGCUGCAUUACAAUCUGCUCCCCAUCAGCCAACCUCACUUUCUGCAUUAAACACACACACGCCGUCGGCAUCUCCCUCGAACCGUCAAUAUACCCCAGCUCAGUCUCCGAAUCGCGAAGGUCGCUAUGCAAACAGAGAACACCCAUCCGCUUCGCCUGGACACUCGUCGAAACGCCCUUCUACGAGACCUAGCGGAAAUUCUGCCAACACAACAAGUCCUAUUCCUACCUACCUAGAUCAGUCGCAACCAACCAUGACUUCGCGCACUACAUUGGCAUCGCCGGCCCCUGUGAUGGCCGCCUCUGCCGAGUACGAGAAGCCAGCUUCAGGCCGCCGGCGACACGACCCCCCAGUAGCUCCUCCUCGGACUUCCUCGACACAGUAUGGUAACACAGGUUCGGGGCAACCUGUCGGACGUAGAGCUGCACGUGCUGAAGAACGUGCCGCAGACUCUCCUAGGCGGACACCUGGGGAGGAUAGCAAAAUGAGUUCUAAUGGGUAUCCAGAUAUCCGGCCAUCUGCGUAUGACGAACCAAGCUCGCGCACGAGCAGAACGGGGUCCCAGCAUGCACCUCAAGCGAUGUUGCAUGCAUCAGAGGAUCAGAGGGACCAGCGUCAAACCGCAUCCACUACAAUACCUGUCCGCACUCGUGAUCAACAGGCAGCGUCGAUGUCAUCCAAGCAGCCGUCUCGUGAGGCCAGUGAAGUGCUUAACCGCGUUAUAGUUUCGCAACCCGAAGUCGACCUGGAGAGAGAGAAGGAACGCCGAGAGGAGUCCAAGCCGCAUGGAACAUCAGCAGCGUACAAUGACGAUGAGGCAGUCGCAACAUCUCCAGUAGUGCACAUGCACGAAGCUCAAGAUGAAAGUCGACGUGGUGGUCGUAGCCGGCAUGAGCAUUCUAAACGGGAAAAGUCAUCGCGAUUUGGUGACUAUUAUUUGGGCAAUACUAUUGGUGAAGGCGAGUUCGGAAAAGUCAAGUUGGGUUGGAAGCAAGAUGGUGGCGUCCAGGUUGCGAUUAAACUUAUCCGCCGUGAUAGUGUGGGCAACAAUCCUUCACGGUUAGCCAAAAUCUACCGUGAAGUCGCCAUCUUGCGAGGGCUUUCCCAUCCAAACAUUGUUAGAUUACACGAAAUGUCCGAAACCGAACGCCAUAUUGGCAUUGUCCUCGAAUACGCCUCUGGUGGUGAACUAUUCGAUUACAUUUUAAACCACCGUUAUCUCAAAGAUCAAGCUGCAAGGAGGCUUUUUGCCCAGUUAAUAUCAGGUGUGGGUUACUUGCACAAAAAGGGUAUUGUUCAUCGAGAUCUUAAGUUAGAGAAUUUGCUUCUUGACCGGAACCGGAAUAUCAUCAUUACCGACUUUGGCUUUGCCAAUACGUUCGAUGCGGCCGAUGAAUUGACGGAAGAAGAAGAGCUCAAUCUACCCGAUCGUGACUUCGUCAAGCGAACUGGUUUGGACAAGACCAAACCAAAUGGCAUGCGCAGAGGUGACCUGAUGCAGACAAGCUGUGGAAGCCCAUGCUAUGCUGCACCAGAAUUAGUUGUUAGCGACUCAUUGUAUACUGGUCGCAAAGUUGAUGUCUGGAGUUGCGGUGUUAUUCUAUAUGCCAUGCUUGCAGGAUAUCUACCCUUUGAUGACGACCCUGACAACCCAGAAGGCGAUAAUAUCAAUUUAUUGUAUAAGUAUAUUGUUAAUACCCCCCUCACAUUCCCUGAGUAUGUAACUCCGCAUGCUCGCGAUCUGCUUCGCCGCAUCCUAGUACCAAGCCCGCGAAAACGAGCCGAUUUAUUCGAGGUUGCCCGACAUAGUUGGCUCAGCGAAUACGCACAUGUAGUAGAACUAAUCACCAGCACUACUACGACAUCUAGUGAAAUCCAGAACACUACUGUACCAUCCGACGAAGUUGAAUCUGGUGGUUUGGCAAGAAGUGCCUCUGUUAGAGAGCAAACAAAGACUAAAGCAACCACUACUAUUCCAGUUGGCGAUUUGGCACGGAAACAGGGCAAAGUUGAUGCUGAUGAAGUAUCCCACACGAAACAGCAGAGGGAUAAUAAACGGCGGACAGUACAAGUGGAAUACGUCGCUCCUACAACGCAGACCCAGAGGGGAGCAGAACAACCUGAAGCUCAUACUUCUUCUCAUGCCAAGAGUAAAGGUAAAUCUUCCAGCCAGGGUCCUGCAGAUGUUCAGUCUUCACAUGAAAAACCGUUACCGAAAGACCCCCCGCUUGUGAAAGACCCGUACGCUGGGUCAUCUAGAGAUUCUCGAAAGCCACCGAAUGCGCACCGACGGGACGUGCCUCCUCCACGAUCAAGUCAAGGACGUUCUACAUCUGAUCAUGCAUAUAUGUCUACCAGUGCUGGGCCAUCUGUAUCGAGACCUGCUACUGGUGGAUCGAUACAUUCUUCUGGUUCUAGAGGACUAGUUCCAUCCUCACGAGCGUCGUACGGCUUACCUUUACCCCCUGCCGUUGCCGGUACUAACGCGCAAGGAAGCAUACAACAACCGAAGGGUCCUAAGAAUUACGUCAUAUCAAACCCGAUUCCACAAGAUACCGCCGAUCUAAGCUUCGGGCGACCGAGCAUCAACAUGCCUCCUAAAUUCGCCGAAGUCUCUGGGUUUAAUACUCGGCCCACUCCGCCAUCGGGCGAGGGCAAGGGCCAUAGGAGAUCGAACACUAUCGGUGAGAUCGGUGGCAAGAUUUUUGGUCGCAGCGGAUCGAUAUUUGGUGCCCGUAAGAAGCGAGAAGGGGAAAAGCCUUCCAAGAAGUAUCCGCCUGUCAGCAUGUCCAAUACCAUGCCCGGCGAGUCUAGGGUAUCUAUGGAUUCUAGGGCUUCCCGUAAAUCAUUUACGCUGGGCCUUGGAAAGAAACGCAGCGGUAGUAUAAUAGGCUCUCAAGCAUCAGCUGAGAGGCCACCAAAUGCUAGGCGUUUCUCCAUAAUGAAGGUUAUGGGUUUGGGCAAAGAUGCUUCACCACCCCCCGAUGGCUCACAGCCUGAUCUACCAAUUCAAGACCCGCCAGAGGUAGACCCCUAUGGUCGAUAUGUCAACCCACCUCCGAGUCAGAGCAACCCUGGACAGCAACAUACAGAUGGAAUUUAUGAGCAGCCCUUGGAAACACAACAGGCACCACCUCAAAUCAAUCAUGGCCCCAGCUCUGCUGUUCAUCGUCGCUAUCCUUCAGAAUCUCAAGCUUCUGCCAUUCCCUCCUAUUUACAACAAGGUGCCGUGCUGAAUUCGGAAUCAGAGUCUUCUGUUGAUCGCCCACAACGGAGACCACCUAACUCAGCUCCAUACCAGUCUGGCUAUGAUUCUGACCAAUUUGACAGCCGUCGGACAGGCAACCGGCAAGGUGAACGUGUGCUUCAAAAGAACAAGCGCUUCGUAGAUGCGUACGACGAAGAAGAGUACGGAAGGCCACGGGAUCAUGCUGGAAGUAGUGGCGCUGCGAAGAGAGUUAUGGACUUCUUUAGACGUAGGGGGCGAGCAAGGGGUGGCGAGGUCUAG